AUGUGGCACGACAGCUACGGUCAGAGCUGUUCUUUGCUGCUGAGCGAAGUGCGGGAGGCGGGAUACGAGGAGCUAUUUCCGACGCUCUCCGAGGCCGCGCCUGUGGCAGCCGCGAAACUUCACAUGGAUAGGUCGCCCCCUCCAUCGGCGGCGGGGGGGCUGCCAAACGCCUUGAGCUGCACGAAAACGGAGGCGUGGCGCGGCGAAGCAGCAGAUGCGGAGGAUAAUGUGACAUUGAGUGUGCAACGCGUCGUGUACACCCGUGCCGUGUACUGGAAGGUGACGCUGCCGACGGUUCGCGUGGCCUACACCCGGUGCCGCUCGGCGCAGGCACGAGCCUCCUGCCCGACGCCCGCGCCUCUGCCAGGGGAGGCGUGUCACUACUGCUGGGUCUGUCACAGCGCCUGGGUGCAGCGCGAGGCAUUUCUUGCGCACUGUCGCUCAGUAACGCAUCUCAGCCGGCUUGCCUUUGCCGUGCGCCACGGAAUGCGGCGGGACUGGGUGGAGGCGUUCAGCGACGGCACGCUGGCGGAUCUGCUGCUGCGGCAGACCGCGGGUGCGGGCGGCGGGAUGGGCAUGGAGCUGCGGCACUGCAGCGUGUCGCCGACGUCGUUCAUGAACGCCCUGCAACUGCACCCACGCGGUGAGGCGGCCGCUGCCACGAUGCCCAUCGCCAUUGCGGGCUCCCUCGUCGCGCACGCAACGGCGGCCGCAGCCGCGUCGGAUGUGUCACCGCCCGGCUCUGCAUCGAAUUUGCAGGCGCUGCACGUGUGGGUGAUGGACACGGCAGCGGAGGCCUCCGUGCCCCCAAGCGCCGUGGCGGGCCCACGCACAGCCAACUCCCUCCCCGCGUCUUUGUUUGUGCUGGCUGGAUACCUCGCCGCCGCCUCCUCCGGCUUUGACGUGGCGCUGCUGAUGAACAAGGACCACUCCCGGGCCUACGCAGUCAUGCUGCACGACUGGGGUGUGUGGCGGCUGCCUGUGCCGCUAACCCGCACGCAGCUGCGGGGCGUGCUUGACGUGUUUGCAGGGAAGCCAUGGCGUGGCGUGCCCGUCACCGCCGACGGGGGGGAGGGCGACGCUUCCGGCAACGGCGCUGCGCCCACCGCGGAGGCGGGCGGGGCGCAUUGGUGCGUCGUCUCCGACGUUUGCCCGCAGUGCACGUACUGUGGGAGCGGCGGUGAGGCCGCGGAGAAGCAGGCCGCGGCGGAGCGGCAGCGGGCGCCGCCCCCGUCGUGCGGUGGCGUGCCGUCCGCCGCGGAGGUGGUGGAGGGGACGCUGCUGCUCGUGCUGCACGAGUACCAAAACUCGCGGCGCAGCGUCAUCAGCUUCGCCGACUACGUGCAGCGCGUGGUGGCGAAACUCAACGCAUGGUCCGCCGCACAGCAAGACCACCAUGAGUUGCUGUGGAGCGCCGCGACGCGUUCUGGCCGGCAGUUGACACCGAAACAAACUGCGGCAGCAGCGGCGGCGGCGGGGCACGGCGGGGCGGAGUUGCUCGCGCGGUUUGUGGCGCGGCGGCACAACCAACCACUGGAGUCGCUGCUGCGCGACGUUGGCUGCCAGUUCCUCACCCCGCCGGGCUCCCUGCUGCGGACGGCCAGCAGGCAGUCCGCCACGCCCGCGGUGCGGCCCGGCGGCGCGGCUGUGGCCCGCACGGUCUCCUUCAGCGCGAGUGCGGCGGCGGCGGCGGAGGGAACGACGACGGAGAAACUUUUUCUCCUUCCAGCCGUCUUGCCGAGUUAUCUGCCGUCGCCGGAGUUUGCCGCACUGCUGCGUCGCCGGCGGCGGCACAUGCGAGAGGCGUCUGGCGAUGGUCUGCCGUCAACGAACGCGGAGGGGCCGGGUGUGGCGAGCGGCCCGCGGCCGAAGAUGCAGCAGCCGCUAUUUUAA